AUGGCUGGCAUCCCUGGCUUUGUGCCUUCCAAUAUCACCCUAAAUCCCUAUUCACAGGCCUAUGUCGACGGUGCAAAUGUUCAGAUUGCACCAUGGGUCAUGGGCACUUUCGCCGACUUGUUCCUUCAAGGAAUCUUGGCGGCGCAAACGGCAAACUACUUUAGCUACCGCGACGCUGACGGUAGUCACCGCCGUUUUGCAUGGCUCGUCAUCGUCCUCACCAUUCUAUGUCUCCUCAAGAGUGCCCAAAACAUUACCAUUGUCUGGGACACGGUCAUUGCCGCGUUUGCCAAUCCCGACGUGUCCAUGAUGCUCGUCGCGACUAAUUGGUGGCACUAUACAACCAGCUUGUCGACCGCUCUCAUCGCUACAUUUGUCCAGUGCUUCUUCGUCUACCGAUACUGGAUGCUCACCAAGCGGUGGUAUGUCUGCGCUGUCAUGGUCGUCGGCAUGGUCAUUUCGCUCAUCGCCGCCAUCCUCGUCAUUCAUUACCUCCGACUCAUCCAGCACGCUACGAUCAAAAAGUGGUCGCUCGUGCACUUUGUUGCUGCCAUUACCGUCGACACGCUCAUCACGGCUGGUACGGCGUUGCACUUGUACAAGAAGAAGACGAGUAUCCAGAGCACGUCGGAGAUGAUUGACCGUCUGGUUCGCAUGACAUGGCAAACCGCGCUUCCACCCACCCUCUGUGUCAUCGUCAACGCAGUCGUACUCGAAACCCGACCACUGGAACUCACGCACAUUGCGUUUAACAUGGUCUUGCCAAAGUUGUACGCCGUCUCCCUUCUCUACACGCUCAACAUCCGCAACGAGAUGCGCACCGAGCGCAUGACGUCCCACGAGCGUUCCACGGGUACCCACCCUGGUCCGACCCACGUCGGCGGCAAGCGUUCGUUUAUCCCGAAUGACCUUGCGUAUCGAAGUGCGGGUAACGUCGAGCGUGGAGUGAGCUUUGUCGCUGGUCGUGGACGUGGGAUGAGCGGUGGGAAUACGAUGGGCGGUCGAAGGGUGGAUGGUAUCCAUGUCGAGACGCACAUCUCGACGCAUGGAGGUAGUUCGGGCAACAAUGUCGAAAUGGAUACGUUUGAUGGCAAGCCGGCGAUUAACAACGUGUCCGACUUUGACAAAGAGGUCUGGGAAGGCGAUAAGCGGUAUAUGGCACAAUAG